CUCUCUCUCUUCAAACCUUGGUCCCCACUUUCUCUCUCCUCUCUCUUGCAAUUGAAAAAAAUAGUCAAUCUGUGGACACACCCGCCAAACUACAAGUUAGGUCAGUCCAGAGCUCUGCAAGGAUCAAAAGGUUUUUUUUUUCUCUCUCUUUCUCUCCUUUUCUGCAGCAAUGGAAAUAUAGGGUUCAUGGGGAUGAAGAAAGAAGGGUUCAAAUAAUAAUAAUAAAAAUAUAUAAAAUAAAGAAGGAGAAGCAGACCCAUCUGAAGCCCCACAUGGAGCUUACAGAUUUGCAGAAUUCAAAUAAACAAAACAAUCCCACCACCGCCGCAACCACCACUCAUCACCACCAUCAUCAGAACCAUCAUUCUCUCUCUCCUCAUCUGAACCGUUCACAUCCUCCACCACCACCUCCUUUCGAUUCCUCCGCCCGUUCACAUCCACCUUUCAUUUCAUCUUCAUCAUCCACCGCCUCCCCAACUCCGCCGCCACCGCCGCCGCAGAAUCAACAGCUUGAUGCUUCUCUAGCUAUAGCCACCCGAUCCGACAACAUCGAAUCGGAAACUCCAAAAAGAGAUGCACAAUCGACCCAGAUCACAGCUCCGCCGGCGAAACGUCCGGCGAAGGAUCGACAUACUAAGGUUGAUGGACGUGGACGGCGGAUCCGAAUGCCGGCCGCCUGUGCUGCUCGGGUCUUUCAGCUGACGAGAGAACUUGGGCAUAAAUCAGACGGCGAAACAAUCGAGUGGUUACUACAACAAGCGGAGCCCACCAUUAUUGCCGUCACCGGAACUGGUACAAUUCCGGCCAACUUCUCAACACUUAACGUCUCUCUUCGUAGCUCAGGUUCAACCAUCUCCGCCGGCCCAUCAAAAUCAGCUCCUCAUUCAUUUUUCAGCUCAUUAGCCCUUUCACAAAGGAAUUACGAAGAAGGAUCACCAGCUGGUUUCUCUCAAAUGCUAGGGUUUCAUCAACAUCAUCAUCCCCAUCUAUUAACUGUUGAUCAGAUCAACGACACCAUACCCAGUUCCGCCGCAGACGGCGGAAACAGCGGCGGAGGAAUCGAAUCAUCGUCUUCCCCCGACAACUACUUGAGAAAAAGAUUCCGGGAAGAUUUAUUCAAAGACGACACCCACUCACACUCACAUCAACAAGCAUCAUCGGUUGGUUCAGGUGGGUCAGCUAAUUCUCCGACGAAUAAACAAUUCAAAACAGGACAAACAGAACCACAAACACAACCAACUAUUAACAUGUUAAGGCAUCAUGCUAAUACCAUGAUGCCUGCCGGUGCUAUGUGGGCGGUUGCGCCGGCACCGACGAGUACAGGAACCGGAACUAUCUGGAUGAUGCCGGUUAAUACAGGUGGUACUGGUAUAAACCAAACCCUAGCUGCAGGACCGAUUAUAUCUGGUUCUAAUCAAUCAGAUCAUCAACAACAACAGCAACCACAAAUGUGGCCUUUUCCAACUGCGGUUAGUGGGAAUCAAUUACAUUUAAUGCCAAGAUUCAAUCUUCCGCCGGGAAAUAUUGAGUUUCAAGGAGGAAGAACAAACCCACUUCAACUUGGUUCCAUGUUCAUGCAACAAAACAACAACCAGCAACAACAACCGUCGCAGCAUCUAGGGUUAGGUAUACCGGAGACAAAUCUAGGUAUGUUGGCAGCAAUGAAUGCUUAUAAUAAUUCAAGAGGUGGGUUGAAUAUGAAUUCUGAUCAAAACCAAAACCAUCCAAUGGAAAAUCAUCAUCAUCGACAAAAUCAACAAACCCAACAAAACCAACAACAGAAUCAAGCGACCGACAGUGGAGAUGAAGAUGAUGAUGAAGAAGAUGAUCCAAACAGCUCUUAGUGACAGUGUAAGACAUUUAAAAAGGAUUGAAGGAAUAUUAAUGAAGCUAGCUGCCAAGGGAUGAUCACCACCAUACAAGUAAUUAAAAAAUUGUCAUUAAUUUUUUUUUUUGAAUUGUCAUUUGAAGAUUUUUCUAGAUUGUUGUCGGGUUUUGAAGAUGUAAUUCAAAUAGUUUGAUUUAAAGAGACAGCUAGAUGAAGGAGAAAAAAAAAACUUGUAUAUUAUAGUAAUUUGAUUUGUUUGCAUGAUGAAGGAAAGCGACUAAAAUUAUAUUUAUUUUUUGGGAUUUUAA